AUGUCCUUCAUUGACGACGACCUACGCAGGGUGGAUGCUGCGUUGGACAAGUUUCAGCUGAGAGAGGCCGAGGAGAGGGUGUCUACCGCCGCUGCAACCUCCAGCGAGGACCCUCGGACAUCGCAACUCAAGGCCGUUGUCCGCGCAUUAUCCACGACUUCCAGCUCCAGACCCCUCAUCCGCCGCACUCGACUGCGCAGUCUGCUAGGUCAACUUGCCCAAAGAGAUGGAGAGCAUGUCAGUGCCGAGACCGCGUCGCCUGCCAUCGCCAACCUGGAAUGGAUCGCGGCUGGCAAGGCGACCGCCCAGGUCUAUGGCCUGAUCCUGAGUUCGCUUCUGGACCGGACAAUCCCACUCAGCGAGUCAAUAUGGUACUGGGACGACCUACUGUCAUCGUACGCGAAUAUUGCCCUCUAUACCAUCCAGACCUCUCCUCUCAGGUUCUGGCAACAGGCGAAAGAAGUCUACGCGGACGCACGUCAUAAAUUCAGACAAGGUCAAGUGCUUCAGACGUCUGCCCGGGAUGCAACCAGGACCGUCACAGACAGCUGGCGAGAAUUCUACGCGCUUGUCCAGAACAGUGUCCAGGAACGAUCCCUCGCGCAGGCCCAAACGAAGAUUCUCUCACCCUUUUCCAUCGCCCGCGUCGAGGUCAGGAGGAACCUGGACCAUAUCCGCCACCUCAGGAAGUCCAACGCCGCCACGAUUGGCAGACUGGUUAGGGAGUGUCUGGUCUUUGGCGGGCCGCCGGAAGACCGCAAACGGGGUGCAUUAGUUCAGAUGCUAGAGCCCGGGGAUGAUGACUGGCAAACGACCAUUGCGCGGACGGCGUACUUGCUCGAUAUUUCCACAAGGGCUACGCAUGAGGACGAGGAGGACUAUACGUCCAUUGACCCGCAAACAGCCUCUUCAACCGAGGUGGCCGGGCUGCUGAUUAAGGUGUUGGACCAGCGGCUCCCCAAACAGGAACAAGAAGCGAACAAGCUGAGCUCCAGGUACGGAAAACCCUCACGACUUAUUCGAUAUUGGAUACCCGGUGUGGUGCUCGUACUGUCCGGGAGCACGCUGCUUCGAAUAUUCAUCAACCGCCGUGCAGAAAUACUCCAAUGGUUCCGUGAACUGGGGCAGACGACCAUCGACUUCUGGACGAACUGGGUGGUUGAGCCCGUCAAGAAGCUCAUCGGCACGAUCCGGCAUGACGAGCAGAGUGAGAUUGCCAUCCAGAGCCGGGACAGCCUGCGUGCCGACCGCGACAGCCUGGAACGGAUGGUCGUCGACUUUGCGGUCCAGCAUCCUGAAGACGGCAAGAAUUUCACCGAGGCACAGGUCGCCGAGAUCAGAGCGAAAGUGAAGGAAGGAGAUCUGACGCCUGUGCUGAAAGCAUAUGAACGAGAGAUGCAAAGCCCGAUCAAGAAUGCAAUCAUGGGCGAUUUGAUCCGGACAUUGCUGAUCCAGGUGCAGAAGACGAAAGUGGAUGUAGAGGUCGCAAUUGGUGGGAUUGACUCGAUACUCAAGAGUCAAGAGUUACUGUUUGGGUUUGUUGGCAUUGCGCCUGGUGUGUUGAUCUCCUACGCCCUGUUUCAAUGGUUCGCGAGCACGUUUGGCGGCCGCCGUGGUCUACGACAGGGACAACGGAAGGGCGAGGCGGUUCGGCUCAUAAGAAACAUUGAUCGUACCUUGACCUCGACGGAGCUGGACCACGAGGAGGGCAUUAUUUCCGAAGAGCAUCACGGGUUACUUCUGUGCGAAGUCCACCUGCUACGCCAACGCGCUUCACAAGUCCUGCCGAAGAACGUUAUGCGGGAUUUCCUCGAGGACCUGGAUGAUCUGCUGGAUGUCAAGCAAGGGGUGAAUAGGCAGAUCCAGGCCUUGAGAAGAGUAGAAUGGGUAUAUGCGAAGUGGUUGAGGUGA